AUGGUGUGCAGUCGCUUGAAUCAAAGCACUUUGAGGGAAUGGGAACGGUCAACAGGUAACGAUAAAGAGAAGGUUCCUACGUAUGACGAGCUGAUUACCUUUUUGAAAGAUCAAGCUCAGAUCUUGAUGUCCUUGAACAGUGGAACCCUGGUACCCUCCCCUCUAAAAGAUAAACCCCGUUUCUCUGUUGCUCACACUGCAUCCGUUGCAAAAUCAUACCCACCAAAAGCUUUCAGCUGCAUCGUGUGCAAUCAACCGCAUCGGAUUUACGAUUGCGAGGUGUUCAAACGGAUGUCAAUCGAACAGAAGCAAGACACCGUCCGUAAGAAGAAGCUAUGCUGGAAUUGCUUAUCAUCGAGUCAUCUCAGCCGUGACUGCUCCUCCAAACCCUGUCGGAAGUGCAACGAAAAACACCAUACACUUUUGCAUUUUUCCUCCCCCAACGAUCGUUACACCCAACCCCAAGUCAAACCACCUACUGGAAAUCUACAAUCCACCACAUACACCGGAAGCGGAGCCGUGGUCCCGGCAUCGUUGUCCACUCCAAUUCCACCAUCACCAAUCACCUUGUCCGCCACCCACCAACCUCUCACCAACGCAUUAACUGCAGCAAGCUCUUCCACCACCACCUACUCGACUGUUCUGUUAUCCACCGCCGUGGUAAAGGUCCACGGCCCGUCGGGGAGAUCUACAUUUGUUCGAACCCUGUUGGACUCCUGCUCCGAGUCAAACUUCAUCACCGAAAGAAUCGUUCAACUUUUGGGAUUGAACCGACGAAAGCAAGCUGCAAUUAUCGCUGGAAUGGGUGGCUCUACUGUCAACAGUACUUACUGCACCGUAGCAGAUUUCAGUUCUGUUAAUUCCACCUACUCUAACACACUGACGUUCAGCAUCCUCUCCAAGAUCACCAACGAUCUGCCCUCUAGGGCAAUCGACAUUUCGCAAUGGAACCUCCCUCCUGAGUUAGUCUUGGCAGACCCAGAUUUUGCUUCGCCGCAAAGGAUCGAUAUGGUUAUCGGUGCUCAGCUGUUCUUCAGCCUUCUGCAGGAAGGACAGAUCCCAGUAAAAGCUGGUCCUUCUGAACACCAGCCUAUUCUCCAACGUACCGUGCUCGGAUGGGUAGUAAGUGGACCUGUUGCCAUCGAUACCGCUACCCAAGGACCUGAGCGAGUCGCUCUGUUGUGUACCACCGAUGACUUGGACCAACAACUGACUCGAUUCUGGGAAGUCGAGAGUUGCCCUCAAAGCCGUGGACUGUCUAAGGAAGAAUUAGCUUGCGAGAUGUACUUUUCCGAAACUACCACCCGCGACUAA